AUGAAAUCCGUCAUAGAACGAUAUAAAAAACUAAAGGGGGAACCUUACCAUCGGCUGAAUCCGAACACAGAGAUCAAGUUUUGGCAAAGAGAAGAAGAAAACUUAAGGCAACAACUACAGUACUUGCAAGAACGCCACAGGCAACUUUUGGGAGAAGAGCUUUCUGGAUUGAGUACCAAUGACCUCCAAAAUCUGGAAAAUCAACUGGAAAUGAGUUUGAAAGGCGUGAGAGUGAAAAAGGAACAAAUUAUGACUGAAGAAAUUAAAGAUCUAAAGCUGAAGGGAAAUAUGAUUCAGCAAGAAAACAUAGAGCUGCACAAAAAGGUCAACCUUCUCCUUGAAGAAAAUGCAAAGUUACAGAAAAAGGUUUACGGCCAUGUUACAAAUACCAUCAACAACGAACAUGAUCUAAAUGCACCCAUAAACCUCGAGCUUAGUCAGCCACAACAUCAGAAAAAUAAAGCACCUGAUGUGGUGGAGCUAGGGUAAUUCCAAUUAUAGAUUCACAGUUAUAUAUGUCUUGGCAUUUUUUUUCCACCCAAUCAAUCUUCACAGUCAUGAUAAUAGUUUUUGCAACAGGCUGCACUAGCAUUGGAAGCCCUAGAAAAAGUUUAUCACAUAUGUAUCAACUUAGCUCACGAUUCAAAAAACCAGGCCUCAUUUGACCGGAAAAUGCCAUGGUACCGUGAUAGGUUGAAUGUGCAUACCUCACCUUAGACAUCAGACUUCGGUUUGAUGAAAACAUCUUAAGAUAUUUUAUAUUUUUAUCUGUAUAGAUCGAUUGGAAAUUGUGCGAAGUUGUUAAUAAGUUCCAAGAGAAGGAAACAUGGUAUGUGAAAGGUUUGUUCUUGCUAAAUGUUGCAACAAUUAAUGAUUGUAAUACUGGUGCUUGCUUGAUCUUGAUUUAUAUGAUGAUUAUUGGUUGUGAAAGCCGAGGAAAAUGUGCAAGAAAAUAAAAACAAUGAGUUCAAUUUUUG